AGGGCGGGGCGUGGGCGGUGCCCGGCCUUCCCGCUCCCGCGGCGCCCUAACUCCGCCGAGCCUCCUUAAAACUCUGCCGUUAAAAUGGGGGCGGGUUUUUCAACUCAAAAAGCGCUCAAUUUUUUUCUUUUCAAAAAAAGCUGAUGAGGUCGGAAAAAAGGGAUAAGAAACCGGCACCGUCCCUUCAGAGGCAACCGUAGCAGCAGUUGCUUCAGCGGAAAAAGAAGCAAAGGAGAGAGGAGAGGGAAAAAUCCUAAAGGAAAGACGCGCAAGUGCCUGUAGCGGGGAACAGAGCAGCGAUCAGAGAUUUGGGGGAAUCGGACUACAAAAGAAACUGUCAGGCGCGGCUCCCGACCGGCCGGUGCAGUCUGAGUCAGCUCCGGGACUGAGCUGGCUGGCAGUCGCUGUCCUGUCCGCGGCACACAUAGGGGCACAGGCCGGAGGACCGCCAAGAACUAACUAACCAAGUGGCACCGGGCACCGAGCUGCUGGGCGGCCGCCAAGAAGUCGGCGGGACAGACUGCGCCCGGGAUCUGCGGCGACCGCUCCUACUUCCAAAGACCCUUCCCAUCAUCGGAGGCGCCGGGAAAAUCUGAAAGGGAGGGAAAGACCGCGACAGAGGCGACGGCCGCCGCUCAGCCAGCGCUUGCAGUGGAGAGCUUGAGCUAGCUCGGUCGUAGGCGGGAAGUUACUGGUGAGCUGGCCGGGUGCAGGCGCGAUGCUACCGCGAGCUGCCCCAGCGGCUGGAGCCCCAUAGACGCUUCCCUCUUCGCCCUACACGGUCCCCAGGCUGCCGGGAGUCCCGGGACCCGGCGGGGCCGGCAUGACGGGCUUGGCGGGGGUCUGCCGCACACCCACCAGCCUCCGGAGACCCGCGCCCUGCCGGGCUCCCACGGCCUCUGAGGCUCGGCGGGGCUGCGGCAGCCCGGCCGGCGGGCUCCGGAGGCUCUUCUGAAGACGCCGAGCCCGCUUGGGAGUCGUUGAGACCUGAGAGUUGAGGGCUUCAGAACUGCUGCUCUGGUCUGCCUUCGGCAAUCAUCUUUAACCCUCCCGAGCACGUCAGCAUCCAGCCAGCGCGGCGCUUUGCUAGCGAGCCGCACUCUGGACUACCCCCUUCUGCGAGACGGAUGGAAAGUGAGCCCUGCGGAGGACCUGACUCUGAAAUUCUGCCUCAAGUCACCACUGUGAACAAGGCCUCCGAUGCCAUCAUGCAGCCUGAUUAGGAGCAAAGAAAAGGGGAAAAAGAGAAGCAACUAAUCGUCUUUUCCCGAUCGUCAGGACCCUAAAGAAUGGCCGAGCCUUGGGGGAACGAGUUGGCGUCCGCAGCUGCCAGGGGGGACCUAGAGCAACUUACUAGUUUGUUGCAAAAUAAUGUAAACGUCAACGCUCAAAAUGGAUUUGGGAGAACUGCGCUGCAGGUUAUGAAACUUGGGAAUCCGGAGAUUGCCAGGAGACUUCUCCUCAGAGGUGCUAAUCCCAAUUUGAAAGACCGAACUGGUUUUGCUGUCAUUCACGAUGCUGCCAGAGCAGGUUUCCUGGACACUGUACAGGCUUUGCUGGAGUUCCAAGCUGAUGUUAACAUCGAAGAUAAUGAAGGGAACCUGCCCUUGCACUUGGCUGCCAAAGAAGGCCACCUCCCUGUGGUGGAGUUCCUAAUGAAGCACACAGCCUGCAAUGUGGGGCAUCGGAACCAUAAGGGGGACACCGCCUUCGACUUGGCCAGGUUCUAUGGAAGAAAUGAGGUCAUCAGCCUGAUGGAGGCGAAUGGGGUUGGGGGAGCCACGAGCCUGCAGUGAGUGUGGUGGUCUUUUCCACCCACCGCCUUCUCUUUGUCCCUUAGUUGGCUGGCUGUCCUGUUUUACUAUCACUUAUUAAAAUAUAGGGUUUCGUUUUGCUUUGUUUUCAUAUUUUAAGCAGCUAGUCAAAUCCUUCAAAACUGCCUAAGUGGAAAUCUUACUACAAGUUUAUGAAAUAUUUAAACAUCUUUUUCACUGUCAAAAUUCUGAUUUCUAACAUGUAAUUGCAUAUGGCUAUCUGUGCCUUUCUUCUGGAUAUUUUAUCUUUGAUUUUUUUUUUCUUUCCUUGCUUACCCUUUGCCAUUCUCAAUGUCUGACUUGGAGACUUUGUUUUAAAAAUUAUUUGUCCUGAUGCAUCUUUUGCCUAAUUAAAACACAUUUUUUCAUAAGAGGA